AACUUAUUUCUCCCUAUUUGAUAUUUGAUCCCAACUUGUCUCAAAUGGCUAAAAUAAACCCUCUUUUCAACUUUUAUCUUUUUGCAAUCUUGUUUUUACCAUUAGCUUUUUGUAGGAAUUCUAUUUUAACCUCAAAUACUAAAAGCUUAAAUGUGAAAAGUUGUCUUAAAAAAUUAGGUCGAAAUUUAUCAAAUGUGCAACAUUUUGAAAGCAGCAAUAAGUCAUCUCUUCACUUAAAGCUACACUCACGUAAUACGUUAAAGUUAUUGCAUAAAAAUAAAGAUGACAACUAUAAAUCAAUAGUUUUGACUCGGCUUAGUGAAGAUAGUAGUCGAGUUGAGUCAAUCCAAAACCGAGCUAGUGUUGCCGUGGAACAGAAUCUAAGAGCCCCCAUCAUCUCGGGUGUAAGCAGAGGGAGCGGGGAGUACUUUAGUCGUGUGGGGAUCGGAAACCCAUCGCGUGAAGUAUAUGUGAUUAUUGAUACAGGGAGUGACUUAAGUUGGGUACAAUGCCAACCUUGUAGUCAAUGUUAUACUCAACCCGACCCUGUCUUUGAGCCGACCCAAUCCAGUUCAUUUGUGUCUCUUCCAUGCAACUCCACAAAAUGUAAUACCCUCGACGAAUCUGAGUGUCGUACAGGUAGUUGCAUAUAUGAGGUGUCUUACGGGGAUGGGUCUUACACGACGGGAAACUUUGUUACCGAGACAAUAACUUUUGACGGUGGGGACGUCGUUCAUGAUGUCGCAAUUGGUUGUGGUCACAACAAUGAUGGGUUCUUUACUGGAGCAGGAGGGUUACUCGGUCUUGGUGGAGGAGCAUUGUCAUUGCCUUCUCAAAUAAACGCGACAUCAUUCUCCUACUGUCUUGUAGACCGGGAGUCUAACUCAACCUCCUCUCUAAACUUCGAUACAAACACAUCAAUACUUCCUGCUGACCCUACCUUAAUCACUGCCCCGUUACUAAGUAACCCAACAGCAGAAACAUUCUACUAUCUCGGGCUAACGGGCCUAAGUGUAGGAGGUACAUCAUUAGCAAUUCCUACAACAUCGUUUGUAAUAGACAAGGAUGGUAGUGGUGGGGUCAUCAUAGACACCGGGACGGCAGUGACUCGACUAGAGUCACGGGUGUAUGAGCUUUUGAGAGAUGAGUUUCGAAAGGGAACGAGUCAUCUACCAAUGGCAGACGAGGUAGCGAUAUUUGAUACAUGUUAUGACCUUAGAGGCCAAGAAAGUGUGGAGGUUCCGGCAGUUGAAUUUCACUUUGCUGGUGGUAAGAGUUUGGGCUUGCCGGCAAAAAAUUAUGUCAUUCCGGUCGACACAGAAGGGACAUUUUGCUUGGCAUUUGCACCAACAACUGCAUCAAUGUCUAUAAUUGGGAAUGUGCAACAGGAAGGGAUACGUGUAGGAUUCAAUCUUGUUUAUUCCUUAGUUACCUUUCAACCUAAUCAAUGCUAGUUUUUAAUUACAUUUAGGUGCAAAUGUAUUUUUAUUAUUAUUAUUAUUAUUAUUAUUAUUAUUAUUUCAACUUCAA